CCCCCCUCCAGUCGAAUAUGUCGUUCUUCGGCUUCGACACAACCCUUCCUAGGGACCGAGCUCCCCAGGGCGGACAGAGGGGUAUUUUCGACACUCCCGAUCCCUUCGCUGAGGUCGCUCGCGCCAGAGCAGCGGCGCAACAUGAGGACGAUGACGACGUCCUCAAUUUCGAAGAUACCUACGACGGUUUAGGUGACCAGCUAGACGAUGAUCAGGAUGCCUUUAACGAAGACACCUUCGGCGAUGUGGGCAGCGGCCCUGUCGGCAAGGACUUCGACUUCUUCGGAAAGACGGCCCAAGUAUCAGAUGUCAUCGGAGAAGAGCAAGUCCGCUAUAACCUCAAGAAUCCUCAAGCUUCCGUUGCUCCUCGCGCCACCGAGCCGCAGAAGACCGCAACUACCACGGCACAGCAGCCGAAGCGAACAGGAUAUGAAAAGUAUUCGGACCCCGACUAUAUCCCUGAUCUACAGGCAAAGUCCAGCGUUUGGGGCUUGCCGAGUAAGCCGGAAUCUGCGCCCCAGGCUACGACCCAGACAAAGAAGAUGAUGAGCCUCGAGGAGGUUGAAGCGCAAAUUCGGAACCAGGGGGCGGCGGCGCCAGGCUUCGGGCCACAAGUAUCACUACCGCAGCACGUCCCCGAACCUCCCCUCCCUCUUCAAAGACCUCCUGGUCUUCCGGAGGGUUUCCCGCAAUUGCCGCCUGAAUAUUUGGAAGCCCAGUUCGGAAGGGGUGUACCACCGCAAUUUUUGCAUCCACGGACCAUUGCUCCAGAGCCGUUUCCUCAUCCGGCCCAGGCUCCUAAUAUUCCACUGCAUCUCCUCCAGAAUCCAAUUCAGAACCCCAACGCUCCGCCAUCCCAUAUGGGGCCCCUUCAACACCAAGCAAUUCCUUCUCGCGAUCAGCCGCCACAGCGUCUUCCCCAGCAGCAUCUCCCACAGCACGGCCGGGGACUCAGUGCGGGGUUGCCGCUUAUCACCAACCCACAGCAGUUGAUGAAUCUCACAGAAGAACAGCGCGUGGCGUACUUGAUGGAGGACGCCAAGCGCGCAAAAAGGAAUCACAAGAUCUUCCUUCUAUCCAAGGGUAAUGGUCUGAUGACUCCCCAAGAUAAGAAUUUCAUUACACGUAUCCAGCUACAACAGUUGGUGGCACAGGCCGGUAAUAUGGCCGAUACCGAUUCCGAUGCUGUCUUGGCGGAAGACUUCUAUUAUCAGGUGUACAGCCAAAUUCGCGGUGCACCUCGGCAACACCCCCAUCAGCCUCUUGGUCACUUUGCGCAGACUUAUCUGCUCCAGACUGGUAAUCGCAUUGGAGGUCAUUCCCGGAAGCACGGUCAGAGCGCGGAUAAUCACAUGCAGCGCAUGCAGCAGCAGGUGCAACGUGCGGUCGAGGCUGCCAAAGCGAAACCCAAGAACAAGCAGCUCAUCAUUGAGGGUAGUUUAGGAAAGAUCUCAUUCGGAAAUGCGAAGGCUCCGAAGCCCUCGCUUAACAUCAAACGUCCCGAGAGCUCCGAGGGCGGCAAGGCCACGAAAAAGUUGCCAACGGAUCUGAGUCCAAGUGACCGCAAGUCCAUUUUGGCGAACCUGGAGGGCGUUUACAACACGUUGAUGGAACUGGAGGACAUGGCACGCACGAUGCCGCCUCCACCUGAUGAGAACGACUCCGAGGCGAUCCAGACACACAUGGAGUGGCGCCAGAAACUCAAUGCGCUGAACCAAAAGCUGUGGAACCAGAUGAAAGUUAUGGAGGCCAUUGUACCAAACUCCAACACCCCCCAUCCCUUUAUUGCGUUGCUCUCUUAUCCAAAGGGCAAGAAAGCCAUCCCGCGCAUCUUCCGUCAUAUCGACCAGGAACAGCGGAUUACCAUCCUCACCAUGAUUGUUGUCAAUCUUGAUAACCUGGACGUUGUCCGCCGAGCGCUUCCUGCUCCAGGUGAAGCUCAGCCUCCCUUGGCGGCCAGGGAAGCCAUUGAUCUAUUCUCUCAGGCCGUGAUGCCAUGUCUUCUAGGCUAUGUUAACGAGGCCCCAUUCAAUAUCAUCAUUGGGCUCCUUGGACUGGUGCUUACCCAUACGCACGCGCAGUUUGUUGCUCGGACACGAAUCGGGCUAGGUAUCUUGACUAUGCUUCUGAGCAGGGCAGAAAUUGUCAAGGAGGCCGGACAGGCCAGCGAGCAAGACUGGAAACAGUGGGUUGAGAAAUUCAACAUACUUUUCGACACCCUCGAGCCUACUUUUGCCGAUAUAUUCCCGAACUCCAUUAACGCGGGUGAUGAUAUGUAUGUUUGGCAGUUCUUAGCAGCUAUCGGAAUCGGAGCAAGCCCGGAGCAGCAACAGCGCUUGGUUAUCGCCGUUAAGGACCGUGUUAUGGAAACCGUCACGCACAGCAAAACCCUUCCAGCUGACAUGGCCAGUCAGCGACUUGGAAAUGUCAAUCUCUUCAUGCGAGCUAUCGGGUUGGAUGUCGAGCUUCUCGGUUAAAAUUCGCCACGAGAGGAAGAUUGAUUCCACAUUCACUCAGUUCUUGCUUCACAUGAGGCGCGAUGCAUAUAGCAGUGUACAGUGGUGUCAAAUUACGCUCACAAUGCGCCCCAAACACGACCAGAGUUGCAGGCAUAAGCCUGUCAUUCUUUCUACACGAUGCGCCUCUGUGGAUCUUGGAUCCUUGGUGCCUUCUACUCUUCCCUGCGUCGGGGAGGAACGCGGGAAAGUGGCCAGAUGAAAUGGCUGAAACGCCAUCUGACUACUUUUGGCGAACUACAAUCUGUACUGUACCAAGAAUCGAAUCGGCAACGCUGCAGGGAUACUUCUUAUAAUGUACUUUUCUCCCGUCAGUCCCAGCUGGACGGCCCAGUGCCUGAGCAGUACGGUACAGUACAACUGUAGCUAGCAUUAUUAUCUAGUU